AUGAUUCACGCAGCGACACUUCUCGCGGCCAUAUUGCCUCUAAGCAAUGCGUACCGCCUCACAUUCUAUGCCGGCUUCGAUUGCAAUGGCGAAAGGCUCGAGUCUCGGCAAGCCAUUCUGGAUGACACAUGCUACGACCCCACAUAUCUAGGCUCACUCACCAGCUCUGUUACCAUCGAACGCGAGGAUGGAGACGAUCCCGCUUCUCUUGUCGUUUUUUAUCCAGACGAUGUAGACUGCGACCCAUCGCAAGCCGUAUCGACUGCUAACACUGGAUGCGUCAACGUCUACCAAGACGGUUCCUUCGGUGGUUACAACGUCAUCAGUGGCCAAAGCAAGCGACGAGCUGUUGAAGAACCAGCCUUCACGUUGGGCAUCACGCAUGGCGACUUCUUCGAGAUGGACGGCGAGCUCUGGCGCUGGAAGCAACUCUCUCAAGAAGCCUUCACUGGUGUUAAGCCCGAGGACUGGUCCGGCGAGGCUCGUGUUGCCAGCUUUGCGCCUCUGGAGUACGGCAGGGACUUUCCAUUCAACUUUACCGAAUACGACCUCAACAACCCAUCACCGGACCUAGCGAAGCGAGCGAAUGUAGGCGUCUCGACAAGCCCGAACGCUCCUUUGCAGCUUGGCGACCUGGUGCGGCGUCAAGACGUUUGCCGCCGCAUUCGCGACUGUGUUUAUGGCUUCCCCAUCCUGGCCAACUACUACUUCCCUGCCCAAACUGAAGCCGUGGUAAACCAGAUCAACGCCGCGAAGCCCGCCGCCCAGAGCAUUUGGGAGUUCCUCAAGAACCCCUACAUCGCCGGUCCUAUCGUAAGCCUGGGAAGCGGAGUCAUCGGCGCAAGAUACUUUCCCUCGUGCCCAACCUGCACACCGGACUGCCUUGUUGGCCCCGACGCGCAAGCCGUGCGCACUACAAUCAACGAAGGCAUCACGAAGGGCGCCAAGGUCAGUGCGACGGCUACCGAGAUCUACAGUGAUCAUGGAUCGGCCGCAGGCAGUACGCUUGCCACUAUCAUCGUCCCUCCCAACGAGACGGGUGGUGGCGUCUGCAACACCCCCGUGACCGAUCCCACAUCAGGCAGGUUCGCGCUCUCGCGUCACAAGCGGGCGCUGUACGCCAACGUUCCGGGCUUCGAGGAGUGGGUGAAGACGAAGAACUUCGCCAUGUGA